AUGGUCGGACACAAGGCACUGGCGCGCGCCAGCGUCAUCACAUUCGUCUCGCGAACUCUCGCAGUCCCCGUCGUCUCCGAGGCAACGACUACUUUCACCUCCAUGCCAUCCGUCACCGACGAAACAGUGCCUGUCACUAACGUCACUUCUCACGGAUCUUACACCGGGCCGCCGCCAACCACCACCGGUGCACUCUCGACCGUCGUCCUGGCGGCCACCGUCGCCGCCCACCCGCCCGAGCCCUACAAGCUCCAGUAUCCCGCCGACGGAAAGCUUCAUGAGCCUCAGCCUGCCCCCUAUACCCCUGCUGGCGGUCUAGGCACCAAUGGCUCCGAGCCCGUGUACCGAGUCCAGAGCGACUUCGACUACGAGUCCAUCGCACUGGGUCUGUAUCAGGAGUGGAUCGAGCUCGAUCUCUUCCACUGGGGACUCGCCACCUUUUCCGUCGAGGACUUUGAGGCUGUAGGCCUUACCGCCGAGGACCGCGCCCUCCUGGAGUUCAUGGCCGAUCAGGAAGUCGGUCAUGCUACUCUGCUCACCAACAUGCUUGGGCCCCAAGCACCCAAGCAGUGCACGUACAACUACCCGGCCAUGAAUGUCACCGAGUACAUCGACUUCUCGCAGAAGCUGACCCGAUUCGGAGAGUCCGGCGUCUACGGUUUCCUCAACCACCUCGACUCUCGCGAGACCGGUCAGCUCCUGCUGCAGUCCAUCUCCACCGAGGCCCGACAGCAGAUGAUCUUCCGCCAGUUCGAAGGACUCUUCCCCAUGCCAGUGUGGUUCGAAGUCGGUAUUCCGCAAUCCUGGGCUUGGACGCUCCUGGCACCGUACAUCUCGUCGUGCCCCGAGGACCAGACCCGCCUCAUCUGGCAGAACUUCCCGUCAUUGAACAUCCUCAACCAGCCCAACCCGGCGCGCAUUGACGGUUCCAACGUCUGGAACGAGACCACCACCGGGUACACCAACACCCUCAGCACUGCCGACAUCAACGCCGGCGAGGCCUGUGUGGAUGCUACCAAGCAGGGCGAGAGCUGUGCGCCUGCCAUCACACACAACCGGUCUAUCCCCUUGUCGUACCCUGGCCGCCAGGUCUUCCUGUCUUGGGACGAGCCCGGCCUACCCGUCGGUCCCAACAACAGCUACGUGACCUCGACCACCGCGGGCAGCCCCAAGUUCGCUGCCUGGGUGUCCCAGCUCAACGUGACCUACUCGCCCUUGAUGAACAUCAGCGGCAACACGGCGUACACGAUCCAACCCAACACCUCCACGUACGAGGGUGACCCAGCGGCCAACGGCACCAUGUUCCUGGCCAUCACGGACCGGGAGUUGCCCGUGACGCCGUUCAACUUGACCAUGAUCAACCCCUUCGUCAACGCUUUGGCCAUCUACCAGGCUGGCUGA